AUGAAACAACAGAAUAAAGGAAUUGAAAGUCUUUUAAAUAAAAUAAAAGUGAUGAGGAAAUUAAACCAUCCAAAAAUUUAAAAAUUGUAUUAAAUACAUGAAACUGCCAAUUCGGUCUAUUUUGUUGUCGAUAUUGUGACAGGAGAGAUUAUUAUAAAGAGUGAGAGAAACACGUAUCAUCAAUCUCAAUGUUUAGGUUUCUUACCAGCUGAAACAUUGCAAAGAUCGUCCUAAAGCCUAUUAUUAGCUUUGAAUCAUCUGCAUUAAUUUAAUAUUGCGCAUAGAGAUCUAAAACCUGAAAAUCUACUUCUUAAAUCUGAUGAAAAUAAUUAUGAUAAUAUCUUAGGGGAUUUUGGUAUAGUAAUUCUAUGA